AGCCGAUAUUCAUUCGUUACACUUCAGGUCUUGGGGAAUCAAGAUGGCGACGGCCAAGGUGAAGCAGGACAUGCCUCCUCCGGGAGGUUAUGGUUCCGUGGAUUACAAAAGAAACCUUCCCAAAAGGGGCUUUUCAGGGUAUACCAUGUUUGCCGUUGGGAUUGGCACUAUCUUGUUUGGUUAUUGGAGGCUUUUCAAAUGGAACAGAGAAAGAAGGCGCUUGCAAAUUGAAGAUCUGGAGGCUCGUGUGGCUUUGCUUCCUCUUCUGCAGGCAGAGAGUGAUAGACGCUUACUACGAAUGUUGAGAGAGAAUCUUGAAGAAGAAGCCAAAAUUAUGAAGGAUGUACCUGGCUGGAAGGUUGGGGAGAGCGUGUUCCACACAGAUCGCUGGGUUCCCCCAAUUUCAGAUGAGUUGUACAAUCUUCGACCCAAUGAAGAGCAUGUGCAUGAGAAGUUUGGCUUCCAGAUGUAUGUCUAGAGAUUUUUGCAGACUUACAGAACCACUGUAAAGACUCAUCAGCAAAGGCACUCUGUCCACUGUUCAUGUUAAUUUGUUUUCCAAAGUUAGCUUAUGUUAAUAUUCAUUAAUAAACAAUUUCCAAUUUAUUUAA